UCUCCUUCCUCCUAGGGUUCCCAUCUCUCACUUCACACCCAUUCCUUCAGUUGUAUCCCAACCCGACUUCAAUCCUCACUCGACUCCUCAAUUUUUCCUUGUCUCCGAUUUCAUUCAACUUCAUCAUCACUCUCUGGGUUUAGUGGGGACAAUUCUGCGGUUGAUUCUUGAAUUUCAUUUUCUGGGUUUUCAAAUCUGGGGAAAAUUUCGGCUUUCUGGGGAUUCGGCUUUGAAAUUCAGCUCCUAAAGUUGUGAUUGGUCUUGAAGCAACUGAGGAUAUAUGUGAGAAUGCCCGCAACGGACUGUCAAAACUCGUCUUCUACGUUGUCGUUCACUCAUAUUGGACGUUCGCUUCUGAGUCUCCGGCGUGAUCAUCAGGUUCACUCCAUGGAAGUGUCUACGACGCCGACCUACCAAAACGGCGGCUUGGACCACGAUCUCGAGUCGUUUCAGGGACUGGUUAGCGAGCUAUUUAACGGCCUCGCUUCUGCAAGCCAGGACGAUUUGCUUUCCCUAUCGUGGGUCUUGAAGCUUCUUGAUUCCUUCCUUUGUUGCCACGAAAACUUCAGAAUGGUUCUGCAAAGCCACGGAGGUCAGGUGUUCAAAUCGCCGGUGGAUCGGAUGGUGUCCGAUUACUUCGAACGGAGCGUGAAGGCUUUGGAUGUGUGUAAUGCAAUUCGCGAUGGAAUUGAGCAGAUUCGUCAGUGGCAGAGGCUUCUUGAGAUCGUGGUUUGUGCACUGGACCGUGAAAGAACCGUCGGAGAAGCUCAAUUUCGCCGUGCCAAGAAAGCGCUCAUUGAUUUAGCAAUUGGAAUGCUUGACGAUAAGGAUUCUAAUUCCAGUACCGGCUCGUCUCUUGCACAUCGAAACCGAUCCUUUGGUCGAAGCAGAGACAAUCAUCAUUUUCAUUCUCAUAAUCAUCAUUUUCGAUCACUUUCAUGGAGCGUUUCUCGUACUUGGUCGGCUGCGAGGCAGCUUCAAGCAAUUGGGAACAACCUUAGCCCUCCCAAAGCGAAUGAUCUCGUUGCCUCCUAUGGCCUGGCACAGCCUGUAUACACCAUGAAUGCCGUUCUGCUCUUUGUGAUGUGGGCUCUCGUGGCUGCAAUUCCGUGUCAGGAUCGUGGGCUUCAAGUUCAUUUCAGCGUUCCACGGCAUUUCUCAUGGGCAGCACCUAUGUUGUUCCUUCAUGAGAGGAUCCUGGAGGGGUCGAAGAAGAGGGAGAGGAAAAAUGCUUGUGGGUUACUGAAGGAGAUUCAUCAGAUUGAGAAAUGUGCGAGAGUCAUGAAUGAACUGUCUGAUUCUGUCCAAUUUCCAUUAACGCAGAAGAAAGAAGAAGAGAUUAGGCAGAGAGUGAAGGAGGUUUCAGAGGUCUGUGAAGCUCUUAAAAAUGGAUUAGACCCAUUGGAGCGACAAGUGAGAGAAGUGUUUCAUAGAAUUGUGCGAAGCAGGACUGAGGGACUUGACUCUCUCGGCAGACCAAAUUUUGCUGAAUAAUCUGCGAAUGAAGAAGCAGGUGAUGUAGAGAAGUUUAGGGCAUGUGAAGAAGAUAGUCCUCUGUGAUUUAUAUGCUUUUUUUCUCUCUGAUGUUGCCAUUGUAUAACAUAAUUUCUGGGCAAAUUGAUAAUGCAUCGCUCAUUGCAGCUGAUUUUGUUGGUGAAUUUUUGGUGCGCGCGCGCGCACACACGCACUCAUCAUUGUGUUGGAAGAGCUGAUUUUUGUUUUAAAAUCACGUAUCUUCCACUUCCACUGAGAUUCUGUGUUUGCUGCCAUAUAAUCUUAUAUUUGUUGUAAAUUGAUUUAGCUAAACUUGUUCUUUAUCUUUUUAACUUUUA